UACGGUGCCGCAACAUAGCCACAGAUCGGGACACCACACCGGAGGAGAAAUUGAUAUACGUUCCCCGAUCACCGGCAGGCCCGGCACGGAUCGUUGCACAUUGAAGCCACAUCACUGCAGUCAUGUCGGUGGCGAAUGACUUCGGGAACCCGCUGCGGAAAUUCAAACUCGUGUUUUUGGGAGAGCAGAGCGUUGGAAAAACCUCCCUGAUCACCAGAUUCAUGUAUGAUAGCUUCGACAACACCUACCAGGCAACUAUUGGGAUCGACUUCCUAUCAAAAACCAUGUAUCUGGAGGACCGAACAGUGCGGCUGCAGUUGUGGGACACUGCGGGUCAGGAGAGAUUCCGAAGCCUCAUCCCCAGCUACAUCCGAGACUCCACCGUCGCUGUGGUCGUCUAUGACAUCACCAAUGUGACCUCAUUCCAGCUGACCUCCAAAUGGAUUGAAGAGGUGCGGUCAGAGAGGGGGAGUGAUGUCAUCAUCAUGUUAGUGGGCAACAAGACAGAUCUGGAGGAGAAGAGGCAGAUCACCACUGAGGAAGGGGAGAGGAAGGCCAGAGAGCUGAGCGUCAUGUUCAUAGAGACAAGCGCCAAGAACGGAUGCAACGUCAAACAGCUGUUCAGGCGUGUGGCAGCUGCAUUACCCGGGAUGGAAAGUUUGGAUGAGCCCAGCAAAGAUGGCAUGAUUGACAUCAAACUGGACAAACAGCCCGAAGACUCCGCCCCCAAGUCCCGCUGCUCCUGCUAACACCGCGUGAUGAUCGGACAGCCUUAUUUAUGACAUGCUUGUUGUAUCGCUUUCUAUUGGUCAGAGUCAAGCUGGGACCCCUCUCUGAUUGGAUGUUGGCCUGUUUAACUACCUGAAUGCGAAUGAGGGGAAUGUAUGUAGGCUGGGAGGAGGGCGUACCUUUCUAGCAAAGGCAAGGGGGGUGGGCGGGGCAAGAAGAGCUGGUGCCUGCGGGCGAAUGUAGUCCAAAGAGUUUAGCUUUAAGGAACUGGGCUUCUUCUUUGAGUUUGAAGACGUUUCGCUCCGAGAGCAACUGGACUUCUGCUUGGCGUCCUCUUUCGGAGCGCGACGUCUUCAAUCUCAAAGAGGACGUCCAGUUGCUUACAGCUGAACUCUUUGGAUGAAUAUGACCUGAAUGAAUGAGGCUCUUCACAGACGUCAC